GGAAAAAAAGAAAAUGUGAAAAUCUGAAGCACCAGGGUAGGACACACACAGAGAUAAAGACCCACAGAGGUGGACACAGAAACGCACAGAGACGGACAUACAGAUAGAUGGAAACAGGGGCAGCUCCUCGUCAGCCACGUCCGCCCGCUGCUGCAGCUGGGAGCCCUCCCCCUCCUCCCCAGCACCCCAGUCCGCCCACUGGAGACCCCGGUCCGUUCCCAGCGGCGCCCCCGGCUGAAACUCCCGCCGGCGGGGCGCCGCCUCCUCGCCGCGCCCCUCCGCCUGCUCCAGCAGCUGCUCUCUCGGCACCCCAACAAGAGGUCCACCCUUCAGUCGCCUCUCCCCCUCUCCCUGUCCAGUCACCGGUUUCCACAGCUGAGACCCCCCUGCCCCUCCCCUCGGAACCCCCCCUGCCCCCUGCUGCUGCUCCUCCCUCUGGCUCGGUGGCGCCCCCUGUCUGUCGGGAUCAGUCAGCGGCGAAGUCCUCCAAUCAAGAAACUGCCUCUCCGGCUGCUGCAGCACACGAGGUGGUCACUCCUGCGAAGAAUGUCACUGACAGAGGAAAGGUGGCGGGGACAAACAGUCAACCAGCCCAGGGCAUCACAAGUCAGCAGACACCUCAAGUGAAGACAAGACCAGCUGCCAUCGAUCCCACUACCAUUCCCCUCUUCCCAUCAAGCACUGGGGCUUCGGCCAACCCAUACGAUGGCGAGUUCCUCAGUAAACCUGGGACACUGCAUUCUUUUGCUCAUGCACAGGUUCUUCACGCUGCAAACUACCAGGUGGAUCAUCCUCCAAUCCCAGAGGAGCUGUAUUCUGGUGAUUCUGCUCGUCUUCAGAUUAGCUCAAGCUAUACCUCCUGCUCUGAUUGUAACCGGUCUGCUGGAGCCUCUGGACAGGAGCCUCAACACAAUGAGCCUGAAGAGAAUCACUUCUCAUCCUUUGAGAACACUGUCUCCUCUCCUGUUCAGAGUGCCCUGCCCAACACUUCUUUUGCUGGUGCUACAAGGAUGCCAAUGGAAAGAUCUGCACCCAGUACAGCAAGCUGGCCAACACAAAACUAUACCAGAAGUGCGGAAGAAAACCCCAACUUAACAACAGACGUGCCAGCUGUUUUCAAUGAGUUUCCAGAGACCAAUAGAAGUACAAAUGUAUAUAGAACAAAUAAUGAAUUGCACUCUCUGUCUCUCUCUGAUGUGAGGGAGAACGUAGUGCGUCUCUUUCAGCCCUCCUUUGCUGACAAUUAUGCAGGACAAAUCCGCACGUCUCUGGAGAGCUCUCCCGACAGGCUCAGGGGACCCUCCGAGUCUCGGGAGCCAGAAAGCUCAGUAUCCUCUCCAGGACGGGCUCAUGGGAGCCGUCCCGGAGGCUGGGGGGGUAGUGCCCGUGAUCUGCUCGGAAACCACUAUGUCCAAGCCAUCGGAAUCGUUGCUGUAUCUUUCCUGCUUUGGAGAUACAUGAGGAAGUGGAAGUCUUCAAAUUAAAAACAAAGCAAAACAUGGGUUUGUAGAUGAAAGGAAGAAAUGCCGUUAAAGUUAAGGUACUUUUUUUUUUUUUUUUGACGCUGCCACUGUGUUCAGUCUGGGAGUCCCAGAAUGUUUUAUGCAGAUGAAAAUGCACAUAUGCAUGUUUUAGGCACAUACAAUCGCUGGUAUUUAUCACUGAAGCAAAAAGAAAAAUAAAUUGUAAAAGAACCUUCCAGCUAGCACUUAAGUGUUUUAAUUGAAAUUUUGAUUUGGGCUUCUUCAACAUCCACAUUUUCCAGGGUGGUUUUGUUUUUUAACUAGGGGGCUUACAGAAACAAUUAAAUUGUAUGAACACGUGGCUUUCAACUCAAACUUGACAAGCUACCCCACAGAUGCUGCCGGUAACAGUAUAAAUCUAAAAGUUAAACAAUAUUUAAAGUUCUCUUGCAAUAGUCACGACUGGGUGCCAUGUGCCGUUAGUGCUUGAAAGUUUGUGUUCUGUAUGUGCAUACAUCACCACUAUGGUUGGUAGGAGGCAUUUUGCCCUAUCUGGCCCAUUUCAUAGUUAAUAUUCCAUUGAUCUAAAAAUCUCAACUAGCUGGUUCUUGAAAGAAACCAGGGCAUCGGCUUCAACAACACGGCAGGGUAGUUUGUUCCAUACUGCUGAAACUCUCUGGGUAAAAAAAGUGCUUCCUGUUCUUGCUUUCCAGUACAUUUCUACAUAGUUUCUACUUGUGUCUUCUGCUUUGUGUUUUUCUUGUGAUUCUGAAGAAAUUCACUAGGUUGACUUUGUUAGUGUCUUUUUGUUUAACGGAUUGUCUUUUUUGUACAGCUGUGCUAUUUAAAUGGCUUUCUUUCAGUUUUUGAAGUUAUAUUAAGUCAAUCAGAUCUGCAUACUUGUAAUCGCAAAAUACCAAGCUCAAUUAUAAACAUUAGAAUUAUACUAUAUAAGUCGUUGAUAUUGUUAUUGAUUUUGUACAACUGCGGCUGAAUUGUUGUAGUACAGUGGAAAUCAAACGUCUACACACCCUUAUUGAAAUUUCAGGUUUUGUUGAUGUAAAGGCUGAAAUCAAUACAAAUCAUGUCAGACCUUUUUUCACCUUUAAUAAGAUCUUGUAACCAACAAUAUUUGAGUAAAAAACCAAUGCAUCAUGUUUAGGAAGAAUAAUUAACAAAAAAAAGUUUCAAUGCCUUGGUUGCAUAAGUGUUCAUACCCUUUAUAAAGGGGGUUGUAACUGUGUUCAGAUUUAACCAAUCACAUUCCAAAUCAUGUACAAAGGUCAUUUGCCUUCACCUGACAUGAACUGAAGUGACUGUAAUUGCCCUAAAUAAAAUCAGCUGUUCCUGUAGUA